AUGUCUGUGGAAGCGAUUUUAUGGUAUCAAUCUCAACCGCGUAUUUUAAAUGCAUCCUUAUGUCCAACAUUACCAUUAUAUCCUACUCUGCCGAUUGGUGGAGUUUGUAUACCAGUUAAUUUUAUUAAUCAAAGCAAUUUUGCAAAUCUUCAAUUUAAUGCUGAUUCAGAAUUUACAUUAUCAUUAUAUCAAAUAAUUAUAUGUGGUUUAAUGGGAUCAGUGCUUAGUCUUUUGGUCAUUGGAGCUAUACGUUUUGUACCGGCUGGAUUUUGUACAUAUAUAUUUGCUUAUACAAUAUCAGCUUAUUCAUUGCUGAUCCUAUUUCUAAUUGUUCGUUUAUGGAUUCAUAUAAUGAGUUUGAAACAUGCUUAUUGGUGGAGAAAUGAUUUAUUCAAUCAAAGUCAUUUAUUAAGUCAUGUAUUAUUUAUCAUUAUUCUGUUCAUAUGUUUAUUUAUUUUAAUUUAUGUAAUUUGUUUAAAUUCAUCAUUGAAACAAUAUUCAACAAGUCAAUGGAGAAAUACAACACAAUUUAUUAUUGAAGCAUUAUUUGUACUGGUGUCAGAUUGUUUAAAUGAAUUAUAUGGAAUGGUAUUAUUAAUAUUAAUGAUUAUUUUAAUUGGAAAUGGAUUAUUAUGCUUUGUAUUUGUAUAUAGUAUAUUGCAUAUAUUAGCUAUGGUUGAACCAAUUCGUUUAAAAUCAACUGGGUGUUUGGAUUUUCGACAAAUUGGUUGGAUUCAAUAUGGUUUUUUACCAAUAUAUUUAUUAUAUUUUCUAUGGAUGAUACGUUUUUAUUCAAGUUUUUGUCAAAUAUUCACAACAACAUUUAUUUCUAAUUGGAAAGCUAAAAAAGAUGAUGCAUUAAAACAAAGUCUUCAAUUUAAAUUAAAACAUCAAAAUGACAAAGAAAAACAACUAGAAGAAGCUAAUCGUUUAAAAAUGGAACAAGCUGCGGAGGCCUAUCGUCAAUGGGAAUUAAAGAAGAUGGCAUCAUUAGAAAAUCGUGCUAUCAGUAUGGAUAGUUUAAAUACAACGGCAACAGCAACAGCCAGACGACCAUGGAGGCCACCAUCGAAAACAAUCUCUCUAUCUCAAUCAUACAGAAUGUAUUAAUGAAUAGUAUGCAUCCUAUGAUUGAUGAUUACCCAACUACCACCAUUCGUAAUUAUUUUUUUUGUUUUCACUUCAAUUAUGUAUAUAUAUACCUACCUGUCUAUUGAAAGUAGAACACAAAUUCAUUGAUUUUUGAAUGAUAUUUCAAUUGAUGACCUAGUGUUUUUUUGUGAUUUUGUCGUUCGUUAUUUUUCAUUUUGAUUUCCCGCUUUUGUCAAACUCAUAUUUAUGAUCGGAGAGAAUCCUUCUUUAUGUCAUCAUCAUCUUCCAAUUUUCAUGCUACAAUCCUAUAUGUGAAGUCAGUUAAUAAUUCCAACGCUUACAUUACCAAAAUUUGCAUCGAUCUACUACAUACUACUUGAUUGAUUGUUAUGAGUAGUUUCCAUGAGUGGAUUAAACAUUAUUUUGUAUUAAAAAAAAGAAGUGAUUAACCAGAUGAUAUCAGGAAGAGAAGAUUACAGGGUAUGGUGACAACUUACAGG